CAAGAUGGUGUCGUGCUAGGUGCUACGUACUUUUGUUGUCAGAUUUCGAAUCCGUGUCACUUCCGUGAAUAUUGUUUAAAAAGUUUUUUGUUGGUGUUUUAACAAUGUAUUAAUGUGAAACUUCAUUCUUAUUUGUGCUGAGUGGAAUGUGAUUUAGUGUGUGGCUAUGAAUAAUCAGUUUGAUGGAGGGAUGAGGGAUGUUCAGCUUUCAUCUGGUAUGUGGAAAAUUAUUUUGAACCGUUUUCAUGGUGAUGAGUGUGAGAGCGAGGAGGACGUGAUCACCGACUACCUGGUGCAGCGGGGCCCCCCCUCCUCUCGCAUGGAGUCUGCCUCGGGCCAGCAGGGGGGCGCGCCUCCCCAUGGCGGCCCCCUUGUGCCCAUCAUCAGUGUCACGCCCCACUCACCUGCCGGCAAGCACUACCCUGUUCUAGAGGAAAAUCUACAGCAAUUGCAUGAGAUCCAUGAGACCAUACAGCAAAUGCGUGAUGUAACCACCGUUCAAGCCCUAUCCAAUCAGUUGGCCCGACUGACUCAGCAGUGUGCAAGGUUGAGCGCCUCCUGUCCGAGUUUGAACGACUUGGAAAAUGAGCAGGAUCCCCUCUCCAGUGUCAACUCGUCACCUACCCACACGCUCCCCCCUCCCAACAAUAUCACCAGGAAACGUAGCUCUGGUGAAUGGCAGAUCGGAGUGCGAGAAGACGGAGAAGUGAUGAGAAGACGAAGUUGGGCUGCUUUGGAGGACUUGACCAACAGCAAGGACUCAUGUAGAGCCGACAGACAAAGAAGUAUCAGUUUGAGCAGUUUGGAAUCGGAGAAUGACGAUCCGUUCAGCGAGAGCACGGCCAAUCUGCUGGGGGCGGGUGACGGGGCGGGGGCGUCUGUGGUAGCGGGGGCGGGGGUGGCAAAUGGCGGCAAGGGAGGCCGGAGAGGCAGUGGCCGCACUGGGCGGCAGGCACGCACUGCCGGCACCUCUUCCACCCACUCGCUCAACGAGGCUGACUUACAGAAUGACUUCAUGAAGGUGGUGGCGAAACGCGAGGCAGAAUGUCGCUUGCUGCAGGCGCGUCUUCCAUUGCAGAAGUCCAUUUCGACGCCCUCAAUCCUGGCCGCCCGCGACCUGGCGCCUGGGGUGCCCGUCAUUGACGGCGCCAACGCCACACUCUCAGUAGGGUGCCAACUGCGACCCAGUGGAACCGAAAGCGAGACCGAGGAGGAUAUGUUGGCCAGCCUGCUUGACGCCGACAAGCCUGACACGCAUCUCUCCUUGCAGUACCACUUGUUCAAUGCUGUUUACGACGACCACCAAGAGAAGCGUCGGAAAAGGGGAAGCUUAUUUUUCAGAAAAAAGAAGGAUAAAUCGAAGAAGCAAAGUCAUCAGUGGGUUUCAGUAUGCUAUGGAUCAUCUCAUCUCUGUGAUUGGUGCUCAAAACCCCUCACCAAUAAACCAGCUUUGUACUGUGAAAAUUGUGCUGUGACAGUUCAUCAGAACUCCUGUAAGGAACAUGUGGCUGAAUGUUCAAAAUCAAAAGGAGGAAAGAACACCCCCAAGCAAGCUCAAAACCAGUCGAAUUCGUCGAAAGACAAGUCAAGUGCAAAACGCAACUCGAGCUGUUCCUCGCAGGGUCAAGCCGGAUCGCCAAGUAGGAGGACGACACUGUGUUACUCCCCCUGGCGGAGGGUCGCUACUAAGCUCGGAGUGAAUCAAAUAAUCAAUGAAGAAAAAGACGAUCACUACCAUCAUGCACAACAUCAUCACCAAGAGGGCAUCAACUCUUCAGAUGAGACUGCGUCUGUCACAUUCGAGUUCCUGGAUGAAAGUCCUGUUACAGCCCAUGACCUUGACACGGAUCCCUUCCUCGGUCUCCAGGAUGAAGAACCCGACUCGUGGAGUCCCACAGUUAGCAAGGAUAUUACUAAAAAGCUAAAGGAGAAGGAAAUUAAACGCCAGGAGCAUAUUUAUGAAUUCAUCCUGACAGAAAAACAUCACUGCCUGACUCUUAGGGUUAUGCAAAAGGUAUUUGUAGAAGGUUUGGAGAAGUACUUCCAGCUAGGCCCAAAUGUGAGUCGAAUGUUUCCACGGCUGUCCGAUCUCACUGACAUUCAUUUGAGGUUCCUUCAUCGAUUGCGACAACGGCAGAGGCAGGCUCCGGUUGUUGAAACUAUUGGAGAUGUUCUAUUAGAGCAGUUCUCAGGACAAGGAGCUGUGCGUCUAAAAGCUGCUUAUGGAGAGUUUUGUAGUAGACAUAGGGAUGCUGUAGAUAUUUAUAAAGACUAUUUACACCAUGACAGGAGGUUUGGUGAAUUCAUCAAGCACUGCCAGGCGAAUCCUCUUCUAAAGAAAAAGGGAAUCCCGGAGUGUAUACUUUUCGUGACUCAAAGACUGACUAAAUAUCCGCUGUUAAUAGAACCUUUAAUUAAGACUUCCAAAGAUAAUAAACUAGAACAAGAGAAACUCUCAAAAGCUCUAGCACUUGUUAAGGAAAUUCUAGUGGAAGUAGAUGCCCAAGUAGCCGAGAAGGAGAAAGAAGAUAGAAAAUUAGAAAUCUACAAUAGAAUAGAAGCGAAAUCUUUCACAGUUCAUAGAGGACUCAAGUUUAAGAAAUCUGAUAUACUCUCCAACAAUAGGAGAUUGAGGUUCGAAGGUUGCGCUAUGCUAAUGCAAGGCCGGGGGAAAAUGCACUACGUUCUAGUAAUUGUGUUGUCCGAUGUUCUAUUCUUCCUAAUGGAAAAUAAUCAUAAAUAUACAUUUUUCACCCCUGACAAUAAGGCUGGCGUUGUGUCUCUACAAAAGCUGCUAGUGCGCGAGAAAGCUGGGCAGGAAUCGAGAGGCAUUUACUUGAUAUCAUCCAAUCCAACCGAUCCUGAAAUGUUCGAGCUCAAAGUGCAAAAGCCCAAAGAAAAGCAAGUCUGGAUACAAGCUGUCAGGGAUGCUGUUCAAAACUGUCCGGAAGAUGAUGAAGAUGUGAGUCCCGCAUUCAGCUCAGAGGAAAGGCAACGACUUCUUGAUGCCAAACAAUCUCAGAUUCGACAGAUUGUCGGGUUCCUGAGGCAGAAGGACAUGGAGCAGGCGCUCAUCCUGGAAGACAAGAUGGCGCUGCAGCUGCGGCUGGUGGCUGCGGCUGCGGGUGCGGGGGUGGGAGUGGGGGUGGGGGAGGCCCCCUCCUACUGCCACCUGGUGUCCGAGGAGACUGACACCACCAAGACCUGGAAGGAAGUGCUCAGUGCGCUGCAGAAAGUGAACCAGCUGGCGAGUUCGCUGUACGCGUCGGGGACGAACUUGUCGCGCAGUGUGAGUUCGGUGGGCGAACACCAGAGUGAAGCCUACGUGUCACCCACUCUGCCCAAGCGGGCCGAGACGUUCGGCGGAUUCGACAACGCUAAUGCCAAUGCCAACAAAGACCAGGCCUCUGCUCUCAACAAAAAUUUACUGAAGAAACAGCACCAACAGCAGCUGCAACAGUUGCAGAAGUUGCAACAACAACAGCUGCAACAGUUGCAACAACUGCAGCAGCAACAGCAACAACAACAGCAGCAGCAGAUGCAACAUCAGCAGCAGCAGCAGCAACAACAACAACAUCACUACCAUCAAACAGCGCAACAACAGUUGCAAUCUAGUCGUGAGCCGUCGUUCGGAUCUAGUCCGGUUAGCACACCUGAUUCUGCGCUACCCCACCAAAAGCCUAAACUAUCGCUGGAUUGGAGUGCACCCCCAGACCUACCCGCCCUACUAUCGCUGGGACAUGAGCAGCAGUUGGCAGCAAUGCAGCUGUCGCACCACGUCUACACGCUCACCUGCAUCAUAUCCCAGCAAAUGACAUCGAUUGAGAGCCUGCAGGCGCAAUUGUCGGCGUGCAAAUCACAGGUGACUGGUGAGGAUGGGGGGAGGGGUGGUCGGCCGAUGUACAGACACAACCAUCAGCUGGAGGAGUUGCGCAAUCUGCAGGACAAGUUGACGCAGGAGAAGGAGUGCUGGCAGAGGGAGAGAGAGAGUGAAGAGAAAGAGCUGGAGGAGCGCCGCGAGCAACUGCUCAGGCUACAGGAACAAGUGCGAUCCGAACAGACGGACGUAGUUCAGCAGCGAGAACAGCUGUACAGGAAACUGGAAACGCUGGCCGGACAGGGCAUCCUGAUAGGGGGGCCGAACCUGGGCGCAGUGACGUCACCGGGCAGUGGCAGUGACGCUGUGCCGUCGCCCAGUGACGAGAGGGGGGGCAGCAGUGACGGGGGAGACCCCUCUUCGCCCUCCACCCCCACCGAUCACUCGCGCCGCAAGAUGGAGGCCGCCAAGUGGAAGCAUUCCUCCGCCGGCAAGGCUAGCACCCUGCCUUUGAACCUGAUCAGCGCUACUAACCAGCAAAAGGUGGCAUCCAGUGUACAAAUCAAGCAACAGCUGCCACUGAAGCUGGCGUCCAAGCUAGGAGGCGGCGGAGGUGGAGGCGGCACCCUGCCUGCUGGAGGUGGUGGAAUUCAGCAGAUGCUGCCGCUCAAGCUGAGCCAGAGCCAGGCGGAGGCGGCAGGAGGCGGCACUCGUCGCAGCGGGGGGGCGGGGGCGGUGGGCUACCAGCGACUCAGCUCCAGUUCGUUCAGUCCGCCGGACCCCCACCCCCUGCACCCCCCUGCACCCUCUCAUUCGCGCACCGGCUCUAGUCCAGCUAUGAUGCAGAACAUCGAGGGCGGAGGCGAAGGGCGCGGCGGUGCGAAGGCAGGUCGCACGCACACCUACCCGAAGCUGCCCGACCGCUUCAAGGUCCGCAGUCCCGACUCCACCAACUCCCCCAGCUCCACUCCACACGCUGCCGAGGAGGAGGUCAUCUUCUUCUGAUAGUAAUCAACCCUCAUCUCAAAACGGUCGACAGGGUCCCAACCUAAGUAGAUAUAGUUGCUGCCGCCUAACAGCAGUCUACCUUUUUAUCGUCACUAAACUUUCUAUGGAAGGUAUAGGUAGUGCAACAACGAGAUGGCUCAAGGUUUUCAUUGGUUCAGGGGCCAUCUUAUCUUGCUCUACCUAUAGAACAGUCAACAACUGUUUGUAGUUUUAUGUUGACGUGAUGUCACCCGUUUUUAUCAUUUGUCCAAGGCACUUUUAUUACAUUAAGACACUCUUGGUGUCCAAGCGAGUCGCGGGGCAUUUUUCUCUAGCGCUUAUCAGGACACCAGAUUUAUUGUCCCUGCAGUGUUCCUGGAGUGAGACACCAACCAGACCCCAAAACCCGGUGUCCCGACGGGUGUUCCUAGUGUAAUGCCCUGUGAUUCAAUCGAUUUGGUGUUCCAGCCUGGUGUCCGAAUGUGACCAAUGCUAUGACAGCCAAACUACCAUUCAUGUAUUUAAAGAUUUGUAUUGCAAUGAACACAGUAUUUCAUUCUGACCAUGCGUGAUCCCAAUGUAUUCUUUCUCAGUCGUCGGCUGAAAAAGAAUGACGAGAAGGAGAAUAUCAGAAUGUUGGAGAAGAAGAAGAAUGGGGAGAAAUAAAUUUGUAUCUUUGUUCCAUGCUAUUUUGUCACUCUUGCAUAUAACUACGAACAGAUGAGUUUUGUACCUUCACCUUGGUAGUGACCCACCUCUGUACAAAUUGCGGAAGUUAGCUCCAUGACAUUUUUAUGAUACUAUUGUAUUUUAUGUAUAAUAUUAUGAUGUUGUUGAUAUGUUUCACAUAGUACACAACUAUAGCGAGACUAAAUUUUGUUGGUUGUAUAGUUGAGCUGGGUUGCGCUAAGCGAGAUCAAUAAAUGCACUCUAUCUAAGCUGGAUCAACAAUUUGAAUCCCGUAUCAGCGCAAUGUUGAGUAAUUAUCAAUGAACUGGAUUGAUGCUGGUUGGUGCAACCCAAUGCUAGUUGAUCUACCACUGGCUGCGCAACUUCAGCCUUGUCAUCUUCUUAUAGUUAUGCUUACACAUGUAAAUCAGUGUAGUUUUAUUUUUACCUGUUUACAUGUUUUAUCAAUCCUAACUAGCAUUUAGCGGAUUAUCAAGAUUAUCAGUGAUAUAAGUAAAUUGUUACUGGAUGUAUCAUUCUAUUUUUCUUAGUAGAAUGAACUAUUUAUUUUUGUAAACUAUUAAUUUGUUGUGGUAGUGAGUGAAGUAUGAACAGCUGGUUCCUGUUAUGGCUGGAAUUUUUCUCGAGGUAUAAUAAUUACAGAAGAUCUUUGAUUGUUAUCAUAUAUGGUUAGUCAGACUGUGUAGUAUUCAAAAAACAUUUUCAUCUCAAGUUUGGUAUGUUAGGCUAUAUUCCGUCUCACAUCUACUGACUUAUCUGAUCCUUUACUGAAAUGUCUUUUUUGCUUAUAUUAUUAUGAUUUUUUUCCAAUCUUGGAAUAAUAAUUUGACAUAUUUCUGCGAUAUGAUUUGAAUGUUAUUUAGAUAUUCAAGGCGUUUUUAUCAGUGAUACGGUUAUAUAAAGUUUUUAUUUCAUGAACAAGUUAAAAGCAUGGAUAGUCAGUAAUUAUUGACUUGUGAAUUAAGAUGUAAUAAUCUUUCCCAAAAUCAAAUGAAAAAAACGGAAAAAUCAUAAAACCCUAAUAGAUUGUUUGAUAUUAUCUAAUGCAAAUAAAAUGUUGGUUGUCAUUGAAAAAAGGUUGAAGAAAGAAAUCAAAAGUUUGUUUCUUUGAAUUAAAGUAGCAUUUUUAAACUAAAAAAGAAAAUUCAAAUAUCCAUAGAGGAUACGAUACAGUUGGCACUGUAUGUACAUUUUUGUAUCUUGUAGAUUUCAACACUUUUUAAUAUUCAACAAAAUAAUAAAAUAGAGUAUGAAACCUUAAGUAACUCAUUGUUGAUUUAGUUCAGAAACUAUCGAAGGUCUUCUGUGAGUUUCAAGAAGAAUAUCUCGAGUCUAGUAAUAGUUGCAGUAUUAUAGUGAAUAUACACUUUUGUAAUAACUUAUUUGGAGCUUGAAGCAUCGUUUUAUUCUGUACUUUCAAGUUCCUUUAGUAACUUAGUAGAUGCUUUCAACAGAGUUUACUGUGUCUUUCGCUUAUUUCAAUGUAUUUCUUAAUAAACUGAAAAGAAACAAACUGGACCGAUAAUUGUUAAUGUAUAGGGUCUUAUUGAGAGACAUUUCUCUUCUUUGAACUUCUCGCAGAGCAGCAAUCUUUGUAAUAUUAUUUACUUGUAAAUCAAUAAGUGCUCGUCAUUAAACAUUCAUUAUUUAAUUUUUGACACGUUUUUGUGCUUUUUUAUAAUUAUUCGACUUAUUGUAAUUAGCAAAUACGCUGGACAAUAUACUUGGCAAUCAAUGUAUUGUUACAAUACAUAAUAACUUGGUAUACAAUUUUCAUUUUUCCAAUUCUUUCAAGUUAUUUGAUUUUUUUUCAAAUUACUGAUAACAGAACAUGAAUUUUUUCUCAUCAUCCAUUGAUGGUAUUGUUAUUUAAUUCAACAUAAAAGUUUUAUUGUAGUCAGUAAUAAAAUCAGGUAUUUUAUAAAGAUAUGAUAAGGGAUUUGAAAAGAUCUCUUCUAUUAGGUAGUUUAUAUUCUAUAAAUUUCCAUUUUUUCUAUUCUAGUAUUGUACAUCUAAUAAGCAAUAUAUUUUAGAUAACCCUCGUUGAAAACGUUUAAACUCACUUGAGUAGUAUUAUUCGGAGCUGAUAUUUAUUAAAGUGAAGUAUGUUAUUUCAUUUGUACAAUUUGUUUUAUAAAAAUCGGUGAUUUUUUUAAAUAUCUAUUAUUAAUGGUGUAAAUAUUCCCAAAAUGAAAGAGUAAGUGAGUUAGAUUAUCAUUAUAUUGAAGUAUAUAUGUAUUCAUAUUGUUGUAUUUCAAACUACAUUCUUCUUUAAUCCACUUAUUGUAUAAACACUUAUUCUAUUCUAAUUAUUGUGUUCGUCAAUGUAAUGUAUGUAAAAAAUAUAAUAGAUAUAUCUGAGCUUUUGGUAGUAAAUCGCUGAAAACUAUUAAUAUAAUUUGUAGCUUUGAUACUAUUACGGCAACUACUUAGUUUAUGAUAUAGGCAACUAUUUUCCUUAAUUUGAAUAUAUUUUUUCGCAUCUAUAAAUCCAGUCUUUCGUACUUGCAAGACUCUAUAAUAAAAAUCAUGUUAUAAAGUGCAUGUCUAGUUGAAAAAGUUACAUAAAAAAUGUCUUUCAUAUUAAACUAUUCUGUAAGAAAUAGUUGAAAAAUUAGAAUUUUCACUACAAUGACAAUGUUACUGUCAUUAUUUGUAUUUUGUUUUAUGCAAUAAUUUUACAUUUGAUAAAUAAUUGCUUAUUUCAACAGCAACUUUUUUUGUAUUGUAUUAAUGUUCAACUAGGUUUAAAUCUAUUACUGUUGAAUUCAAUUAGAAUUUAUUCAACUAGAGGUGUUAUGACGAAGGCAUAAUCAGCUACUAGAAAAGUUAUAUUUUGAAGCUUUGAAAAAUACGAAUCCCAAUCAAUAAAUUAUUAAAGUCUAACAAUUGAGAGUUCUAAUUCACUAAUAACAAGGUGCAAUAUAAAUAUGCUUGUGAAAUGUAUGCAUACUUGAUGGUAUGGUUUAAACUGAAUCAAUUUUUAUGAAUAUAUCCUACUUUAAUCUAUGCAAAUUUGUUGUAACAAGGUAUGAUUGAAGGAAUGGCUCCUAGGGAAAACGCUACAAGCGCCAAAAUUUGAGUACUUGAUUUUUUAUGGAAAAACGUUCCUUGUGCUCUUGCCUAUCAUGGCAUGUAUUGAUCAAUUUUAUAACAGACCUAUAAUAUACAUUCUGUGAAAAAAUAUUUUUAAAAUAUCCAAAAAUCAACACUGAAACGUUUUUUUAGUUCCUGUAAAAUUUGAGAAAUGGCGCUUGUAACGUUUUUCCUGGGAGCCAUUCAAUUAUAAACUUCUAUUUUUUCUGGCUCUUGUAUUUUUGUGUGCUUUGGUUGGUUAAAGUUUUUCAUCACUUUUAGGUUGAACCUGACUAGCUCAAACGUCUUUCACAUGAAUUGAAUGAAAAUAAUAAACAAAUCAAGUCAACAGCACUUGUAGACAUUAUAUAAUUUAUAUAAUAUUUAUAAUAGGUAUAAAUAAUAUUUUUCAAAUUUGUAUAAAAUCGUAAAUAAUUAUUUUUUGCUUGGACGCUUUAAAAUAUAAUUUCCAUUCACUUUAAAUGAAUUUAAAAUUAUGAGCUUGUGUAAUGUGAUAUGAUGUAGUAUUGUAAUGAUAUACCACUACGUAUUAUAUAUUGUGUUUUAUGUCUCAAGCGAUCCACAACUAUAAACCCACUUAUUAAAAUACUCUUCAAAUUUUAAUAAAUAUAUAUCUAUUUCUUGAUAAUUAAAUUUAUAUCUAAGAUACUAUUGAGUUCAAAAAUUCUAUUUCAUAAAUAUGAAAUUUUAUUUAUUAAAAUAUUGUACUUCAAAUAAAUCUUUGUCUCAUAGAUUUCUUCAAGAAAAUAUAUAUUAUCUAUUAUAAACUACUGUAUUAAAAUAUUGUUGUGGAGUAAUAGAUAAUUUAAUAUGUAUAAUGUACAUAAUUGAACAGUGGAUUGAACUAUAAUAUAUGAUAAGUAAGAAUAUGUUAGUAACCUUCUCAUAAUUAUGCAUGUGUAUAAAGCAAAGCUUUUUCUUGUAAUUUCAAUGAGACUGACUCAAAGCUGCAACAAAUUAUCAUAAUUCUAUUCCAUCUUCCCUGUUGAGAGUAUCUUGUUAUCCGUUUCUAAUGUUGUUGACUAGAUAUGUUAUACGUUGAGAUUGAAUGUUAUCCAAUGAAAGUUGUUGAAAUCUUCAAAAAGUAAAACUUGUUGAAUGUAAAUUGUUCAAUAUUUAUUUUUAUCUGACUGAAUUUUAUAAUUAUAAAUUAAAAAAAUACUAUUUUGAUCUUCCUAGUUGUCUUUGUUGUUAUGUAUUGUAAUACUAGUAUUAUAUUAUACUGUCAUACUAAUAAUUAUAAUAUAUGAGCAAUCUUGAUUGAAGUAUUUAUUAUUUUUUGUCUUAAUUCAAGAAAAUUGUAAAUUGAAAAUAAUUUGAUUGUUAUAUCCGUGGCAGGCGAAAUAAGCAAUACUUAAUUUUUCUUUUAAAGCAGUAAUACUUGCGUUUCCAACCUCCAAACGUCAUUAAGAAUUAUGGUUAGAAUUCAUAUUAUUUACUCUUGUAAUGAUCUUCAAUUCUCGAUUCAAGACAAGUAACAAAAGCACGGAGUCGUUUCUAAACUCAAAUUCGUUUUUCCUGUGGAAAACGUAAAUUUCAAAUCAAACUCAAAAAAAGCUCAUAAGCUCUUUUUUAAUAAUAAUUAGAAUCUUUUAUAAUAGGUACCGUAACUUACUAUAUUCCUAAUAUUGAAAUAUAACCGAAAUUGAGAGAAAUAAAAUGAUGAUUUUUCGUAGACUACACACUAUUGUUUAACAAUGGUUUUCCGUUCUUGAACUCUUUCUAUAAUUUUAUCAUUGAAUUUAGAAAUACAGAUCAUGAAAAUGUUAUCAGCUUAUCAGCUAAAUUAUGGUGUUAAUAAAACAUAAUACACUGAAUUGAAAUUUGUCAUUUUUAAUAAAAAAUAAAUAUUAAGUAUAAAAUUAAAAUAUUUCAAUUACACUACAAUUAUAUAAUAAUAUAACGUUCAUUUCCAAGUAAAUAUAUUAACAAUUAACAUAGUUGAAUUAAUAACAAUAAUUGCUACAUGCUCUGCAGAUCUCUUGAGCUCAAGAUGAUGUUAUGUCAUUUUCCAUAAUUUAUCUUUUCAUCUUAAUAACUUUGACUACGAAAGAUAUGUUUCUUUCAAAAUUUAAAUAAAUUUAAAAAAAAUAAAACAUUAGGUACUGAUUGCACAAACGCCGGUUAAAUUUUAACCGUGAUUAAUUCCACGAGAACCAAUCAGAGAACCCGUCUUUUCAGAAAAGCCUUCUCUGAUUGGUUCUCGUAAAAUUAAUCACAGUUAAAUUUUCACCGGCUUUUGUGCAACCGGGCCUUAGCAUAAUAAACGUAAACAGGCUAGUUCUUGGAACUAUUGUUUUAAUCUUUCGAAGACAUAACCUACUCGAUCGACAAGUUUGUUCAAAUUGAUGCAAUAACGUUGAUAUGCAAUAAAUUACAGAAUGUUUUUCAAAUUGAUUAAACCUCUUGCACUCAAUACUCUUAUUCUCCUCUAUUGCUUUUUU